GGUGACGCACGCGGGCUGCCCUGGAAGCGGAAGUGCUGGGCGGCAAGAUGGCGGCGGGCGCGGGAGCCGCGCACCGGGCCGGGGCCCUGAAGCAGCAGAACAAGCCGCACAAGGGGCGGAAGCAGCGCGGAGCCGCCCAGCGCCGGGCGGGAGGCCGCGUCCCCGCCAAGACCCUGAGCCGCCGCCGGCGGGACCUGGCCAAGCCGGACCGGAGGCACCAGGCCCUGCAGCUCCGCAGGCAGCGCAAGGAGGCGGUGCUGGCAGAAAAGCGAAACCUGGGCAGCAAAGAUGGGCCUCCUCACCUGGUGGUGGUGGUCCCACUGCACGCUGGGGUGGUCACCCACGACGCCUUGAGGUUGCUUCAGAGUGACGAAUCUGCCCUGGUGCAUAAGAAUGAGAGAGCAGAGGGUUUUGUGCUGCUCUGCCCCCGACUUAAACAGCGAUGGCGCUUUGUGACGGCACCCAUGGGGAAUCUUCAUGCUGUGUUAGACCUGGCAAAAGCAGCCGAUACCCUGCUGUUUGUACUGGAUCCGCUCGAUGGCUGGGACAGCACUGGAGAUUACUGCCUCUCUUGCCUCUUUGCGCAGGGGCUCCCCAGCUAUGCCCUUGCUGUCCAUGGAGUCGCUGACCUCCCACUGAAGAAACAGACAGAUGCUAAGAAGAAAUUGGGCAAAGCCAUUGAGAAACGCUUCCCAGAGGCCAAACUCUUCCCCCUGAACACUGAGCAAGAGACUUUGUUGUUGCUGAGGCAUCUUGCUUCCCAGAAGCAGCGGCACCUUGCUUUCCGUGACAGACGGGCCUAUCUGCUUGCCCAAGAGGCUGAGUUUAUGCCCAGCCACGAUAGUGACUUGGUGGGGACCCUGAAGGUAUCUGGCUUCGUUCGGGGACGGACCCUCAAUGUAAACAGCCUGGUGCAUAUCGUGGGACAUGGAGACUUCCAGAUGAGUCAGGUUGAUGCCCCUCCAGACCCCUUCUCUUUAAACCCCCGAGUGGCGAAAGGCCAGCAGAGGAAGGGCCAGGACAUGGAAAUACAGGAUGAUUCUGUAAACGGUGCUGUUGAGAUGGAGGAAGUCAUUAAGGUCCUGAUGAAGGCAGAUCCUAGAAGACAGGAGUCUUUGCAAUCAGAGGUGAUUCCUGACCCCAUGGAGGGGGAACAGACCUGGCCCACUGAGGAGGAGCUGAAAGAGGCAGAAGAGUCCCUGAAGGAAAGGAGGAAGGUGGUGAAGGUCCCCAAGGGAACAUCCAACUACCAGGCUGCGUGGAUUGUGGAUGAUGGAGAGGAUGGCAGUGAGGAGGAGGAUAACAUGGAGGAUGAAGAUUUGAUGGCAGAAGCUUCCCAGGUUGGGGAAAGCAGUGAGGAGGAGGAGGAGCUCGUGGAGGAGGAGUGUGAGACCAUGACUGUGGCAGAGUCUGCUCGGGACGACCUAUACGACGAGAAGCUGGAUGAGGAUGAGGAGCAGAUGUUGGAGAAGUACAAGCAGGAGAGAUUGGAUCAAAUGUUCCCAGAUGAGGUGGACACCCCCCGCAACUUGCCUGCCAGAGUCCGGUUCCAGAAGUAUAGGGGGCUCAAGAGUUUCCGGACUUCUCCUUGGGAUCCCAAAGAGAAUCUCCCCAGGGAUUAUGCCAGGAUCUUCCAGUUCCAGGACUUCUCCCGAACCAGGAAGCAUGUGUUCCGGCAGAUAGAGAAAGAGGAAACUGAAGGGGCUGCGGUUGGCUGGUACGUUACACUUCACAUCUGUAGUGUUCCUAUCUCAGUGAUGGAGAGUUUCAGGCAAGGGCUGCCUCUGGUCCUAUUCUCACUGCUUCCCCAUGAGCAAAAGAUGUCUGUGCUGAACUUUGCAGUGAGGCGGCACCUGGGCAACAAUGAAACAGUGAAAGCCAAGGAGGAGUUGAUCUUCCACUGUGGGUUCAGGCGCUUCCGCGCCUCCCCUCUGUACUCCCAGCAUAGCUCAGCUGAUAAGCACAAGUUGGAGCGUUUCCUGCGGCCUGAUGCAGCCCUGGUGGUGACUGUUUAUGCUCCCAUCACUUUCCCCCCCGCCUCAGUGCUACUGUUUAAACAAAGGAGUAAUGGAAUGCACGACCUCAUCGCCACAGGCUUUCUGCUCUCAGUGGAUCCAGACAGAAUCAUCAUCAAGCGGCUGGUGCUCAGUGGUCACCCUUUCAAGAUCUUCAGCAAGACAGCUGUAGUGCGGUACAUGUUCUUUAACAGAGAGGAUGUGCUGUGGUUUAAGCCGGUGGAGCUGAGGACCAAGUGGGGCCGCAGAGGACACAUCACAGAGCCGCUAGGGACUCAUGGUCACAUGAAGUGUCAUUUUGAUGGGCAGCUGAAAUCCCAGGACACGGUGCUGCUGAAUCUGUACAAGCGCGUCUUCCCUAAAUGGACUUAUGACCCGCAUGUGCCGGAGCCGGUACCGUGGGUGAGAAACGAACAGCAGCUCCCCAUGCAGGAGGUGGAGAUGGAAUAACCCUCCAGGCCUAGCGUGUCUGCUGUGGUUCGCACCUCCUGCACCCCACAUGGGUGCUUGGCUGUUCCAAGCCUCAUGAGAAGUAGGGAGAACUGCCCUGGACUUGUUAGUGCGGUGCCUUUCCUGGGGUUUGUGUCCAGCAUUCACGCUGGCUGCAGCAGCAUUAGAUCUGGCUCACAACUGCCUAUGCCCUGGCCUCCAAUGUCAGUUUAUUUCAAUGGUAAAUAUAUCUUCACCUCAAUGAAUGUCUAAGUGGCCGCUUUCUUGCAGUGGGGGGUGGCUGGAUCGAGUUAUUGUGCACACUGGGCAUGCAGGUUUUGUUCAUUCCCUCCUGCCAGGCUAGAAGCCCCUGAAGCUGCACUAGGGAUUCUGUGUUUCAUCCCCUCCCCUGCCAUUUGUGUGUAACUUGAGAACAUAAAAACAUAGGCUGCCAUACGGGGUCAGACCAAUGGUCCAUCUAGCCCAGCAUCCUGUCUCCAACAGUGGCCAGUACCAGAGCUUCAGGGGGAGCGUACAGAACUGGGCAGUUGGGAUGAUCCACCCGUCUUCCCUUCCCGGCAGUCAGAAGUUUAGGGUUGCCUCGGGCAUGGGGUUGCAUCUCUGACCAUCUUGGCUAAUAGCCAUUGAUGGACCUAUCCUUUAUUUCGUUCUUCACUGAACCCAGUUAUAUUUUUGGCCAUCAACAUCCCAUGGCAAUGAGUUCCACAGUUUAACUUGCCAUUGUGUGGGAAAAGUACUUCCCCUUAUUUGUAUUAAACCUGAUGCCUAUUAAUUU